AUGAUGUCAGAUGAUACAAACCCGUUGUGUGCGGAGCUUGAGAUACUCCGAGCUAGUUACGGCCCUGAACUUGAGAUUUCUGCGGCAGGGGCAGAUGUCACGCAAAUUCGCUUCCAAGCAACUCCUAAUGUUGGGCUAAGGAGCGAAGAAUGGUGUUUUGCCGCAACUGAGCUCUUCAUCACCUUUCCGGCAUCCUACCCGACAAGCCCGGCUCAAUUCAGUCUAUCAAAGUCCCGUGGUCUAGAAAGUGCACAAAUCAGAGAGCUUGAAGAACUGCUUCAGUCUGAUGCCAAAGAGCGUUCCAUUUAUGGCGAGGUCCAUGUUUUCAGCGCCUUGCAGAGAGUAGAAGAAUUUCUUGCAGAUCGCAACUCGCCCAAUCCAUGUCCAGUGUGCAUCGAGGAAGUUGAAAUUGAUGGAAGCGGUGAAGAAGCGCCGCUGCAGCUUAGGCCAUGUCUUCAUGUAAUGCAUAUGGCAUGUUAUCGGGGCUAUCGCAGCCAUAUCGAAGAGAGAAGACGUGAGAAGGAAGCCAGCCUCGUGCACCGUGAAGGUCCGUCAAAAGCAGCCCGACUAGCAAAGAUUCAUUGGGCAUUAUGCCCAGUAUGUCGCAUCGACUUUGACUUCGAAAAUGCCGAUGAACUCCUCAUCACACAUGACAAAGAACGUUAA